AUGGACAAUUUCCUCACAAAAUUACGGCUGCAAACAAGAAGCAUAAUCGAUAACCGGUCAUUCAAUGGAACGACAUCGCGUGGCAGUUCGCCGCCUGCAAUUUCGCCUCAGAAGCAUAAUCCGUUUGGAUUAAGCAGUCAAACUCCAAGGAAUCCACCAAGCAAGAGAAAUAAAAUUAUUCUCGUCGUUGAUACGCCUGAAACAGACUG